AUGACCGACGAUUCAUUUAACCAGCCUGGGAAGCCAGCCGUUGGACCACGCAACCAUCUGAUCUUUGAUCCCUGGCAGUCAGCCUCGACCGGCCACCAGGUCGCGAACGCCGGCUACUCAGCCCAUGGCACCACUGGCUGGAGGAACAUGCGCGCCGCAAAGCUCAGUGAGCAAUAUCAGAACGGAGAUUGUAUCCAGGGACGCGGUCAGAAGGAGGUAUCAAGGGGUGUAGCGGCCAAACAGCCAAGUCUUGUACCGGGUGCCUUUGACGGCCGUAUCCCGACACAGUCCCCGCCGAAGGAUGGCUGGGAGUGGGAAGUGGUGACCAAAGAUAUUUCAAAGCAGAAGCAAGCUGGUCUGCGUGAUAUUCGGAGCUUUAUGGGCGUAGGCAAGCGAAAGGCCGUGGAUGAGUCUAAGGAAAUUGAAGAGAAGGCGGACAAGAAAGCCAAGUAUGCAGAGAAGAAGAACCAGGUUGAGGCUCAAGAAAAGCUUCAAAUUGAAUCUGACUUUGCCUCCGGCGAGUCCAACCUCAGCCUCAAGGCGAAAUCGACUAUCUUCGCCGGUCUCACUAUUUACAUCAACGGCUCGACUCUCCCACAGAUCUCCGAUCACAAGUUGAAGUUGCUGCUCACCUCCCACGGUGCCAAUUACACCAUUUAUCUGGCACGAAAAACAGUAACUCAUGUUGUGAUUGGUCAACCAAACGCCGCGGGAUCUGGUGCUGGUGGUGGACUUUCUGCUUCGAAGCUCCAACAAGAGAUUUCUCGUGGUGGGUGGAAAGGUGUGAAGGUUGUUAAUGUUGACUGGGCUAUCGAGAGUAUCAAAGCAGGUCGUCGACUUGCCGAGUCUCGGUUCCCUGGUAUGCACGUUGCAGCGAAGGGGCAGCGGAGUGUUGUUGGUAUGUUUGGUGCGCAGGCUCAGUCCGGGACGAAGAAAUGA